AUGUCGGCCGUAACGGGUGGCUUCCUCGGCCGGUCGAGUAGUAAUACGGCCAAUAUGCGAGGCCUCGUCCAAUUCAUUGCCGACUUGCGAAACGCUCGAGCGAGAGAUCUCGAAGAGAAGAGAAUCAACAAGGAACUGGCCAACAUUCGUCAAAAGUUCAAAGAUGGCAGUUUGAGCGGCUACCACAAGAAGAAAUAUGUUUGCAAGCUGCUCUACAUCUACAUCCUCGGAUGGAACGUCGAUUUCGGCCACCUCGAGGCCGUGAACCUCAUUUCAGCAACCAAGUAUUCUGAAAAGCAGAUUGGUUAUCUCGCCAUGACCCUCUUCCUCCAUGAGAAGCACGAGCUGCUUCAUCUCGUUGUCAACAGUAUCCGGAAGGAUCUACUGGAGAACAAUGAACUCUUCAACUGUCUCGCUUUACACGCCAUUGCGAACGUUGGUAGCAAGGAGAUGGGUGAGGCCUUGAGCAGCGAGGUCCACAGGCUCCUGAUCUCUCCUACAUCCAAGACCUUCGUGAAGAAGAAGGCAGCUCUGACUCUGCUGCGCCUGUACCGCAAGCACCCCGAGAUUAUCCAGCCCCAAUGGGCUGAGCGCAUCAUAUCGCUCAUGGAUGAUCCCGAUCUGGGCGUGGCUUUGUCAGUCACAUCCCUCGUUAUGGCCCUAGCACAAGACAACCUUGAACAGUACCAGGGUGCUUACGCCCGGGCUGCGAUCAAACUCAAGCGCGUCGUUAUUGACGGCGAGUUCACACCCGACUACCUCUAUUACAAAGUACCUUGUCCCUGGAUCCAGGUCAAGCUACUGCGCCUCCUGCAAUAUUUCCCCCCGUCUGGUAAGCACUCGAAGCCAAGCCGCUAUGAAACAGAGGAUACCCAUGUCCGCGACAUGAUUCGAGAAUCUGUUCAGAAGAUUCUCAACCUUGCCCUUGAGCAGACCAAGAACGUUCAGCAGAACAACGCGCAAAAUGCCGUGCUGUUCGAGGCCAUCGAUCUCGUCAUCCACUUGGACACGGAGACUGCCCUUAUGAAGCAGAUUUCCUCUAGGCUGGGACGUUUCCUCACUUCACGGGAAACCAAUGUUCGCUACCUGGGCCUCGAAGCCAUGACGCAUCUUGCCGCGCGGGGCGAGAACCUGGAGCCUAUCAAGCAGCACCAAGAUGUCAUCGUGGGGUCCCUCAAAGACCGGGACAUCAGUGUCAGGAGGAAAGGCCUUGACCUUCUCUACAGCAUGUGCGACACGUCCAACGCCCAGGUCAUUGUUGGCGAGCUUCUGCAUUUUCUGCAAAACGCCGACUUUGCUAUUCGCGAGGAGAUGGUGCUGAAGAUUGCUAUCCUGACGGAAAAGUACGCCACCGACGUUCAGUGGUAUGUCGACAUCUCGCUGCGACUGAUCGCCAUGGCCGGCGACCACGUCAGUGACGAGGUCUGGCAGCGUGUGAUUCAGAUUGUGACCAACAACGAGGAGUUGCAGGUCUACGCGGCCCAGCACUCACUUCAGUAUGUCAAGCAGGACCACUGCCACGAGACGCUCGUCAAGAUUGCCCAAGUGUAG